GCGGGCUCGCGGCGGUGGGGAGCGGCCGCCGCUCCUCGGCGAGCGCGGAGUUGACUAUAUAUGGUCAAAGCAGGGGAGUAGCGGCGAGCUCGGCGGGCGCUUCCUGCUCUGCAGCUUGGGGCUGGGGCCGGAGCGGGAGCAGAGAGAGGCUGGGCCGCCGCCGCCGCCACCUGGGACCCGAGCGCGUCGCCUGCCUCCGGCCGCGGGAACAAACGGGCCAAGAUGCCGUUCGAGAGCAAAAAAGUGUUUGCCAGCCUCCCCCAGGUUGAAAGAGGUGUCUCCAAAAUUAUUGGAGGGGAUCCCAAGGGCAACAACUUUCUGUAUACCAAUGGAAAAUGCGUCGUCAUCAGAAACAUUGACAAUCCAGCAAUUGCUGAUAUCUAUACUGAGCAUGCCCAUCAAGUUGUGGUUGCCAAGUAUGCUCCCAGUGGAUUCUACAUAGCUUCUGGAGAUGUCUCUGGAAAGCUUAGAAUUUGGGAUACCACCCAGAAGGAACACCUACUGAAGUAUGAAUAUCAGCCAUUUGCAGGAAAAAUAAAAGAUAUUGCCUGGACUGAAGACAGCAAGAGGCUUGCCGCUGUGGGGGAAGGCAGGGAGAAAUUUGGAGCAGUGUUCCUAUGGGAUACUGGCUCUUCAGUCGGAGAGAUCUCUGGACACAACAAGGUGAUCAACAGCGUGGAUAUAAAACAAACAAGGCCCUAUCGUAUAGUAACUGGCAGUGAUGACAAUUGUGGUGCUUUCUUUGAGGGACCGCCAUUCAAAUUCAAGUUUACAAUAAGCGACCACAGCCGUUUUGUUAACUGUGUGAGGUUCUCUCCUGAUGGGAACAGAUUUGCUACAUCUAGUGCAGAUGGCCAGAUUUUUGUCUAUGAUGGGAAGACUGGAGAGAGAGUUUGUGCUCUGGGUGGAAAUAAGGCUCAUGAUGGAGGCAUUUAUGCUAUUAGCUGGAGCCCUGAUAGCAGUCACUUGCUUUCUGCUUCUGGAGACAAAACUGCUAAAAUCUGGGAUGUUGGUGCUAACUCUCUUGUCAGUACGUUUAACAUGGGAUCAGAUGUUCUGGAUCAGCAGUUGGGUUGCUUGUGGCAGAAGGACCACUUACUGAGCCUCUCCCUCUCUGGUUACAUUAACUAUUUGGAUAAGAAUAACCCAAAUAAGCCUCUACGUGUCAUAAAGGGUCAUAGUAAAUCAGUUCAGUGUCUGACCGUGCAUAAAAAUGGUGGAAAAUCCUAUAUUUACUCUGGAAGUCAUGAUGGACACAUUAAUUAUUGGGAUUCCGAAACUGGGGAGAAUGAUGACUUUUCUGGAAAAGGACAUACAAACCAGGUUUCUAGAAUGGCUGUGGAUGAAUUGGAUCAGCUGGUCAGUUGCAGUAUGGAUGACACUGUGCGUUAUACUAGCCUAACCAAGAGAGACUACAGUGGCCAGGAUGUUGUAAAAAUGGAUGUCCAACCAAAAUGUUUAGCUGUUGGUCCUGGUGGAUAUACAGUAGUUAUAUGCAUUGGACAAAUCAUCUUGAUGAAGAAUAAGAAGAAAUGUUUUGCAGUUGAUGACCCUGGCUAUGAACCAGAAGUGGUGGCCAUUCACCCAGGAGGUGGUACCGCUGCAGUGGGAGGCCUGGAUGGGAAUGUCCAUCUAUAUUCAAUCCAAGGAACCUCUCUGAAAAUCGAUGAGAAGACCUUGCAAGCUAAAGGUCCUGUGACUGACCUGGCAUAUUCUCACGAUGGUGCCUUUCUUGCAGUUUGUGAUGCAAACAAAGUUGUCACUGUCUUUAGUGUUGCUGAUGGCUAUGCGGAACAUAACAUCUUCUAUGGACACCAUGCAAAAAUUGUUUGCCUUGCCUGGUCUCCAGACAAUGAGCAUUUUGCCUCUGGGGGCAUGGACAUGAUGGUUUAUGUUUGGACCUUAAGUGACCCAGAGACCAGAGUCAAGAUACCAGACGCUCAUAGACUACAUCAUGUAAGCAGCUUGGCAUGGCUGGAUGAACAUACCCUGGUAACAACAUCCCAUGAUGCUUCUGUCAAAGAAUGGUCUAUCUCCUACAAGUGAACAGUCCUACUUGGAAGGACCUCAUCAGGGACUAGAACUACUGCAGUGGAACAUAGCAUUUCUCUUUAAAAGAAAAAAAAAUUCUAAUGGCCUAUGGGUCUUCUAUCAUAUCCUCAUAUCUUUACAGGGUGUUCAUAUCUGUAAUUAAAUGUACUUUGAAAGCUUUAGCCAGUAACAGUUUGCACAUGAAAAGCACUUAAAUUAUGUCUGGAACUUAACCUUUGUGCUGAACAUUCCAGAGGCAACAGCCGAACAAGUUGGCAUAAAAAAUUUAAACAUGAUCAGUUAUUUUCUACCAGAGUCCUUGUGAGAUUGUACAGCAUGAGAGAAAUACUUCUCAUUUUUUCUAAUUGCAGAACAUUUCUGUACUAAUGGUCAUAGUAAGAAUAUUUAGUUGUGAUUCAAAACAAAUCAAGCUGUGUGCAGCUACUGUAUAUUAUGUUGCUUGUCUGUACUGCACCAAACUGUUGCCUCAGAUUUCCUCCUCCACAUAAUGAAAUGGGGUACACACAUAAUAAACUCUAUGUAUUUCCUGUCAAAGUUUUGUGGUUAUUUUAGGAUGGAAAUAUGGGAUUUUAAUGUACUUACUGUUGUCGGUUUAAUGUUUACAAAUAACUCUAUUGGCAUUUUCUCACUCCAGAAACAUCGUUGUUACCUUAUGAACAACUGAGGAAUGUCUGGUCAUUUCAGUGUCAGGGGAGAACCUCAGCUUCUGUUGAAAGAUAAAUUUGUUUCCUUUUGAGAAGAAUUAAGUUGAUGUAAACAAAUUUGCAGUAAUUAUAACACCUGUUUCAGUACAGGAAUUAAACAAAGUGAAUCAUU